UACAUAUUAUUUGAAGUAUAUCGUACUAUUUGUAAUGAAGAAGGAUGUGAACGAGAGAACAUGGAAUCAUUUAAAGACAAAGUAUCAGAUAGUGAAGAGAUGACUGAUGAAGAAAGUAACAUUGCUCCUGAUAAAAUAACGAAAUCAUCAAGUGUACAAAAUUUUAAUAGUACGAAAGAUAUUGCUCACAUUAAAAAUGCAACGUGCGAUUUAAACGAAGAAAAUUUUAAGAAAUUUGAAUCAUAUUUUAGAUUAAAAAUUCAAUAUAUGAAGAAGGAACUGGAAAAUGUUGUAAAACAACUAAUUUCUAAGUAUCAAGAACAAGAAAGAAACAUUGAAAAUAUAUAUGAAAUUAAAUUAAAUGAUAAAUUAAAACAGUUCUAUAUGAAUUUCAAUGAAAAUUGCUUAAAUGAAAUAAAUGAUACGAUUAAAACAUUUGGAAAAGAGAAGUCGGACAAUGUUGGAAUAUGUUUUGAAGAUUUUGCAAAAAGUCUAUUUCAUAUUCUGUUUGAUUAUAUGGAAUUUGGUAAAGAUAAAUUAGAAGAAAAAGUUUCAACAGAAAAGAUACAAGAUGAACUAAAACAAAACAAUCAGAUUGACAAAGAAAGUUUUAUAUCUUUGUUCAUAAAGAACACAUUAUCUGAAGACGAUAGCUGUGAUGAAAUGCAGAAUCAUCUGAAAGAGGAACUUGUGAUGAUAAAUCAAGAAUUGCAUGAACUUAAACAGAAAAAGAAGCACGUAGAAGAAAAAUUUGAUAAAGAAGUUGCUACAUUGAUUCAGAAUCAGCAGAGAGAAUUAAUCUUUAUUCGUGAUCAGAUUUCAUCCGAAUAUGUGAAAGGUAAGAAUCUUCAUAAAGGUGAAAUCAUAGAUCAAAUUGAGAAUUUAAGAAAAAAUCAAGCAGAUAUAAAUAUGUUGUGGAAAACAUUUUGUAAAGAGAAAAAUUCUCUCAAACUAGAAAAGGAAAAAAUUAUAAAGGAUGUAAAAUUGAAAUAUUUACAAGAAAAUGGAUAUUUAAAAGACAGAAUUAAAGAAUUGACUGAAGAAAAGCAUUCUCUUCUAUCAAAGCACGAAGCAGAAAUUAAUAAAAUUAAUUAUUUUCAUGGGGAAAAAUUUCAUAAACUUCUGAAAGAAUUGAAAAUGCGUGACGUCGACAAUAUUAUUAUAGAUGAAUUAAAUGAGAAUUUUAAGAUUAUGGAUGCACAUGAUACAUCAAAUUUGAUGGUAACUGAUGCCCAGAAACAGAAUUCUGAUGCUGCACUAGAAGCCUUGACCUGUGAUUUAGAAAACAAAUCAAAGGAACUGAAGGAAUUGCAAAUGAAAUAUAACAAAAUUGUUAUAGAAUCAGGGAAGUCCAAAGAGUUAAUGAGUGAUAAAGUUCCUUACGAAUCAGACAAAGUAGUUCGUGGAAGUUGCAACAAGAAUACGAUUACGGACGAAACUUGUCAAGAUCUCAAUUUGAAAUUAGAACUGUUGGAAGAAAUGGAACAAUUGCAACUACAAAUGGAGAAGGAUAUGGCAAUGUAUAACCAAGAAAAUAGCCAUUUGUUAGAGGAGUUAUUACAACUUAAAUCGAAAUUUAGAGAGUUGGAGAAAUCUAAAAAGACAUUAGAGAUUGAAUUAGAAAAGAUGAAACUGAAAGAAAAGCAAAUAAGUAAACGACUUCAGUCAAAGCAAAAUAAAGAUUGGUCUUCGAAUACAGAACUAUCGACAGUCGAUGUUCAGUCAUGGCAAGUUCAAGCGGCACAGACUAAUUCAAGAUUGCUACAUGUGCUCUCCGAUCUCGUCAAGACUUUCUUUGAUAUAGAGCAGGACAUUAAUAAUCGCUUAAUUCAGUUGGGAUUGGAUGCUCUGCAUCCCGCAGAAAAUAAUUUUCAACAAGACGAAGAAGGAACUCUUAUCCCCGUGGGAUCGAGGGAAGAUUUUACUGUGUUUAUGGGAGAAACAAUGAAUCUUGAACUUAGCGAAGACGGUCCCGACUUAACUCCACGUUCUUGGGAUUUGUUUACUUCUUCUAUUGCUGCCCAUGAAGUGGAAAUGGAGGGCGAAGAUGUUGUUUUGGGUGCCAGCAAGAGACUACGGGCAGCUGUUGAGAGAGUUCUUCGUCUCUUGACGCAUGCUGUCGAAGCCCAGCAGACUCAGGAUUUGCGUGUUCUUUUGCAUCGUAAUGAGGCACUUGCCAAAGAACUUCAGGAAGAGACACAACAUAAAGAUUUUCUCCAAAUGGAACUAAUUAGAGUUGAAGCGCUUUUGAGAAAUAGUGAACAAGAAAGGCAAAAACUGGAUGAUAUUAUAAAUAGUCUCAAAGAAACUAAGGAAUCACUUGUUAAGGAAUUGAAUUUAUUACGCCGACAACUUCAUUAUAUGGAAGAAACCCAAGAAACGUUAUCCGAAGAGAAGCGGUAUGCAAAGGAACAGUGUCAGAUGUUGGCAAACAAUGUGGGACAAGCAGAGCAAGAUAAACAGACGUCUCCUUCCGAAAAAACGAUAUCUUCCAAACCAGCACUCUUAAAAGAAAACAACAAACUGAAUUCCGACAAACAUAAGUUACAGCAAAAUCAUGACAAAGAAAGGCAACAGAUGUUAUCGCGCAUUCAUCAUCUGGAGUUAGUUUUGGAAGAGACAAUAUCUCAGAAAGAAGAUCUGUUGGAGGAAAAGUGCCAUGAGAUAGAAGACUUAAAAUCUCAAAUGGAAUCUGUGGAGAAACAGUUACUGUCUUAUAAAAGAUUCAUUGAGGAACAGGCCCAGGAACGUGAACAGGAAAGAGACGAGUAUUUGCGAGAAGUUAAAAAGUUGCAAGAGAUCGUGAAAGAAAAAGACCGGAUACAAAAUAACGACGAAAGACUGUCUAGAGAAGUUGAAUUAUUAGAACAGCAACUGAAAAGCAAAAUGGAAGAUCAAAGAGAAAUCUUGAAAAAAAGAGAGCAGGCAGAAGCGGACUUGAGACAGUCUGUGGAUAAGAUACACGAUUUACGAGAUAUCAUUUCUGAAUUGGAAUGCCAGUUAGAUAUAAAGAUUAAUGCCGAAAAAGAACUAAAUCAGAAAAUUGCUAACCUAGAAGAAACUUUGUUACAUCAUGAGAAAGAAAAUGCAGACCUUAAUAAUGAGAUUGAGAGACUGCAGGCAAUGUGUGCCAAUAAUGAAUUAAAGGAUCAUGUUCAAGCCUUGAAAGAACAGCUGGAAUCAAAAGGUCAGCAGCUCGAACAGAUGAAGAAUUGCCAAUCUCUAUUGCAAGAAUUCCACAGUUAUAUACAUUCAUUAGAAGUAAAAAUUGAUAGCACCGUGUCCUCAUUACAACUCCAUAAAUUAUCCUAUCCAUGCAGCAGUCCCAUUCCCAGUGAUACUUCUUUAAGCGAGCAGGACGGAGAGCUUCGACCACUGUCCGAAGCAUCGCUACGACUUGUAGACGACAUCAGGGUGUAUUCUCCAAGCACUUCAAACUGGGAUGAAAUGAAACGCUUCGAAGAUAAAUUAGAUAACUUAGUCAAAGCAGAAGAAGAAUUAGUAAAAAUAAAUAAGAAUUUAACAACAGAGUUGAAAACUUUCAAGGAAACCCAUGAAGAAAUUCUUCACGAGAAGAUCGCCCUUCAGGAGCAAGUGAAUAACCAGCUACUGCAAAUCUCAGCACUCAAAGCUCAAAUUGAGGAGCAUAGACAUCAUUUGAAUGGACAGAUGAAUGUCGGCAAUCAUACUAAAAUAGAAAUAUUUCAGCUUCAAGAGGAUCUGCUGAAGGAACGACAGCAACAGGAACUUUUAAAUAACAAAAUACAAGAACUGUUAAAAGAAAUUGACAGUUUGAAAGAGUUGGAUGAGAAGGAUAGAAUAAUUAAUUCUGAAAGCAAUCUUAAUAGUAGUGAAAAUGAAACUCUCAUUCAAGAAAUAUCUUCCUUAAAAGAAGAAAAUACCGAUCUGAAACAAGAAGUGGAGAAAUUGCGUUCCAAUAACGACAGUCACACACUUCCCGACUAUGCUAAAUUACUCCUCGACGACAAGAAUGAAGAAAUAGAGUUUCUUAAUCAACAAGUUCACAAUUUACAAGGCCUCAUACAAACAUAUCAUGAUAAUGAAAAAGAGAAACAGACAAUGAAAGAAAAUAAGCAGCCGGAAUUGAGUGACUGUCAGAAAUGUAGUGAUUUGCAACUUGCGUUAUCCGAAACUACAUCAGAAAAGAAUAAUUUACAGCAGCAGAUAAAUACAUUAAUGAAAGAAUUGGAAAGUUUAAACAGGCAUCAUGGUUUGGCUAGCAAAACGAAAGACGACCGAAUCUGCAAGCCGCCGGAGAAACUGCAAGAGGAUUUUGACGUCAUACAGAAAAUAGCGGAUCAACAAGAAAAGGAAUUGGUUCAGUUACAGGAAGAAACUUACAAUCAAAGAAAAGAAUUUGAAGAACUAGAAACUGGUUUUAAUAGAGAACUAUCAGAUGCAAGGAACUGCCUAGAAUGUAAAGCAUUAAAUGAACAGUUGACAACACUAAAGACGAAUUUUCAGGAAGAAAAUACAAACUUAAUUAUGAAACUAGAACAACUUCAGAACAAACUGGUUGAGGUAGAAAAUAAAAGUAAAGAGGAAAAAGAAAUUAUAGAGAGAAACUAUAAAAUACAAAUAGAAGAUAUUAAUUUACAAGCAAAGAAAGUUGAAUCACUCUUACAGAAGACACAUGAAGAGGAAAUCAGUCACAUAAAAUCACACUUAGAGGGAAUAUUCCACGAUGAGAAAGAAGUCUUAAUUAACUUGCAUAAGGAAAAGUUGAAUUCUCUCGAAAGUAGCUUGAAACAAAAACAUGAGAACGAAAAGGCAGAACUGAAAAAUCAUUUUCAAGAAGUGCUGCAGAACUGUAAGGCAGAGUUAGCAAGAACUCAUAAUUCAGAAAAACAAAAAUUGGAAUUGGAACAUGAUGAGAACAUCAAUUACAUGAAAUCGCAGUAUGAAAAACAGAUCUGUUCAGAAAGAAUUAACUCCCAGGAAAAGCAAGAAGAAGCGAUGAAGGAAUUCGAAGAGACAUUGAAAAGAAAUUGGGAAGAAGAAAAGAAAAGAUUGAUUGCAUUACACCAAAAUGAAAUUGAAAGAGCUAAUAAUGAAAUGAAAGAAAGGAUCUUGGUGUUACAAAAUAAUUUUGAAGAAAUGUAUCAGAAUAAACUGGCUCAGCUAGAGAAUAAUUACAAACAUGAAAUUAAAACAUUGAAGAGUUUGUUGCAAAAAUCUAGAUCUGAUUUGAAUUCCGAGAGAAGAAGCUUUAAUUCAAGAGACGACACGUCUAAUUCUGAUAUAUCCAGCUCGCAGAAUACAACCGUAUGCACGGAAGAAGACAUUCAUGGCGCACUACCGAGUAACAUAGAAAAACUUUUAAAGAAAGUUUACAAAGAAGGUGUUCAGGUUCUGUCAUUAACGGAAAGGCAACUGCUUAAGCAUCAUCUAACUCCAUCGUCAGAGACCGGUAAGUCUUGUCUGACUUCAGAAGAAUGGUUCCAAGAACGACAGAUGCUGCUCAACGAAAUCUAUUCUUUAAAAGAACUUAUCAGAGAAGGUGUUGAAAACAAGAGUUGGAAAGAUACCAUAGAGCAAAUAGUGUCGGCAUUCAGGAGUGAACAAGAAAAGCUGAUCAGUAAGUUACGGAAUGAAGUUCACACCACCGAUAACGCUAUCAGCACCGAUAAUAAGAAACUGAAUGAGAGGAUAACAGACUUGGAAGUGCAGAAUGAAGUUCUUAACACACAUGUCACCAAUAGAUUAGUAGAAGAAUAUAAAAGUGCAACAAUAGCUCUUAAUAAUCAACAGAUACAGUACAUAAAAGUGAAAGAAGAACUCGAACAUAAGUUAAGUAAAUUAGAAGAAGAGAAAAUGGAUCUUGAAGAGCAGUUGAAGACUCAAAGAAAUGUUUUAGAAUUUAGGAUUAAACAAGAAAAAGUUCUAUCAGAUGAUCUUCAAAAAUCAUUGGAUGCAGAAAGAAAUAAAAAUGUGGAUUUGAGAUCGCAGUUAAACAAACAGCAGAAAGCAUACAUGGAAUUAGAAAGUUCCUACUCUACUUACAAAGCGGAAAUUGCAUGUCUGCGGAAUGCUUUGGAUCAACAAAAGAAACAUUUAACAAAUUGUCUAACUGCUCUUGGUCUGGAAAAAGCCACCAAUCGUUCUCUUAUGCAAGCACUUGAAAGGGAACAGACUAAUUUCUCUUCUCUGCAAGCGGAAUUUGAUUCUGAACGUAAAUGUGGAAAGGUAAUGCAGGAGUAUGAACACCAAAUUAUUAAGUUGCAUCGAUUGUAUUGGAAGUACCGUCGCUCUGAGAGUUAUCGUCAGGCUUUAAUAUUCCAGAAGAAUUAUCUUCUUAUGUUACUGGAAGGUUUUCAGUCAACAGAAAAGCAAACUUUGACGACUUUAAAGUGUAUGAUGAUUGGUGACAUGGAUGAAGAAAAGAGCGUUUCAUCAUCUUCCUUUAAAUACAAUCCACAUAAAUAUUAUAAGUUUAGAUCUGCAGCUUAUGCAAUUAUUGCAGUCCACCGUAUGAAGUAUCUGGUUCACCGUUGGAGAAAAGCAGCUAAGAUUAUGAAUUCACAUGUAGCUACUCAAGAAUUAAAUUCUGAGGAACAAAAUGCAAUAAAAAAUGGUGCUGUAUUUAAUUCGAGCAAAUUACAUUCAUCGUCGUCUCCGUCGUCUCUCCAUGGUCAUCAUACUCAUCCAUUUUGUUCAAAUUCUCUGCCUUGUAGGAAACAGUCCAUUCAGAGUAAUCCAACCGUUUCGGAGACUGUCGAUUCACAUAAAAGUCUUAAAAUGUUGCCAAAGCCAUCAUCCGAUGUAGAAAUCCAUCAAAUAGAAAUGGAGAGAGGAAGAUUGGGAGAAUACAUUACACGCUUGGAAUUUCUACAUCAACAGUUAGGUUUAAAUACUAGAGACAAAUAAUUGUGUUGUCUUACUUUUUUUUUUACUUAUAUAAUUUUUAUCUUAUUUGUCUUAUUUUUCUUAUGUAAUAUAUUUAAUGAGAGUAACCCUCGCUGCAGCAAAGAGUAAAAUUAUUCGGAAACUGUAGGCAGAAUUGUCCCGACAGAAGGUUUUUACGUGAUAAACAGAAAAAC